AUGGCGCCGACGCCGCGCAAGACACGUCAACUGGAAGUGCUCAUCACGGGAUUUGGGCCGUUCAUGUCGGUGGGCAACAAUCCUUCGUGGCUCGCAGUGAAACCGCUUCACGGAACGUUUCUUGACCUUUCGCACGCUCCUUGUUUGUACGAGGACCGAUCCAGAACGGAUGAGGCCGAUGAGGGUGUAGUAGGAGAGGUGAGGACAAGGGCGAGGGCGAGGAUUCAGACGCUACAAGUGCCGGUUCACUAUGCGUCUGUGUUGGACGUGGUGCCACGGAUUCACGGCAGUCAACCAUGUUCGCCGGCAGCCAAAUUUUGGUAUGAUUCCAGGCUCGAUUCGGAAUUUGGUGGGAGGCGGGACCAGCACUAUCCUGAAGCGUAUCCGAUCGAUGUACCGGAUCCGGUCGGUGGAGCGUUGUGGGAUGUGGUUAUCCACGUCGGCGUUGGAAGGCAAGGUACGCUACGGUGUGAAACGCAAGCACACAAGAGUGGAUACACGAAACGCGAUGCCAACAACGAGCUGGCGCCGCUCCUCUCCCACCCCGGCCGCGCCGAGCACUUGGAAGAACAAGACGGCGCUCGAGGCUUUGGAACGGGGUACGAACAAUUCGACCAGACUCUAUCUACCCGCAUCAGCGUAUCGCAGCUGGUGACGUGGUUGAAGCAACGCGGACUGCGAGACGACGAGGUGGACCAGUCGUUUGAUCCAGGUCGCUACUUGUGCGACUUUAUCUUCUACUGCUCCUUGUGCGAGGCAAAGCGCAUGGGCGAUACCUUGGUUCUCUUCGUCCACGUUCCACCAGCGGACCGCAACUUGUCAGUGCAAAGAUGCACUCAGGCGAUCCGCGCGAUCGCUUGGUUCAUGGCCAGCCACAAGGCAUCCACCCAUAUCGAGAAGGACACCUAG